AUGAAUUCAGCUGUUUCAAACAUUAUACUCAUGUUAGUCAUGAUGCAAGUUGCUAAAAAAUUAAACUUUGAAGAUCCAACUAUUUUAUUAUAUACUAGAAUUUUUUAUAUUUCAUGUCAAGUUGCAACUUUUUUAGUUUUUGCCAUUGUUAGAUUUAGAAUUAAUUCAAAAAAUGAUUUAACAACUAUAAAAUAUGUUGAGCCUGCAAAUCCAAUGUCAGGACAAACUGAGCCAAGAGCUGUAGUUACCACUGUAAAAGAAUAUGAUUUACAACAAGUUAAUUCUCAAAUUAAAGGAAUUUUUACAAGUCUUGCAAUGAUGGGUUUUAUGCAUUUAUAUAUGAAAUAUACAAAUCCAUUAGUUAUGCAAUCAGUUUCAGGUAUUAAAAGUGCUUUAGAAUCAAAUAUUGUUAAAAUUCAUUUAUUUGGUACUCCUGCUACUGGUGAUUUAAAAAGACCAUUUAAACAAGCUCCAGGAAUCUUGGAAUCUUUAACUGGUGCUGCAGGUGGUUUACAAACUGAUAAACAAAGUGUUGAAAAUGCAGAAACUGCAGGUGCUGGGGGUAUUAAACAAGAUUAG